UCCAAGAUGGCGCGGGCUAACUGCAUUCGUCUUGAAGACAACGAUGUUUUCCCAGCUAAAACAGAAGGUCCUGCUAAUGUUUUCUCAUCCACGCCAUUCCUACUCGUAAAACCCAGAUGGAUGGCUGAUGAAGAAGCUCACGUUUGUCCGCACUGUAGUCAAAAGUUUAAUCAGUUAAGAAGAAAACAUCACUGCAGGCAGUGUGGGAGAGUGCUCUGUUAUAAAUGCUGUAAUGAGAAGGUUCCAUUACCACAAAUGGGAUUUGAAGAUCCUGAAAGAGUGUGUGACUUCUGUCUGCCAGUCACUUCUCUCGUCACCAAGUCACGUUCUCUACAGUUGCCAUUUAAGCUCGAAGCUGCAGAAUCUCUCAAAGAUAUGUGUAAAGAUCCCCMAAAUCUCAAAAAGGCAGCUGUAUCAGAGGGACUAAGAAUUUUAUCAACUCAUUCUCCGUUACAUCCAAUGCUAGCCAAAUGUGGAGCCAUCAAAGCAAUAUGCAGUAUAUUAUCCACAACUAAUGAGACCCAAGAGCAAACUCUUUUGGAUGGGAUAAGCGCACUAAUGAUAUUCUGUAAGUCAGAAGAACUCAAGGCUCAGGCCCUUGCAGAUGGAGCAUUGAAUCCUGUAUUAUCGCUGUGUGCCAUGAAAGAAGCUAUUGCAUUACUAGCAAUGAUGACACUGAGCCACAUCGUAGAACACCAUGGYAAUCUGGCACCACUCAUAGAGAGUGAUAGAAAUGCUCUUCCAAGGAUCUUAGCUUUAACAAAAGCAAAUGAUGAAAAAAUUCAGGAGAUUUCACUUAGGAUUCUUUCUCAGAUGUCCAUGGGUACUGAUUGGCAACGGCACAGGAUUGUCCAGGAGGAUUUUUCAGCUGGUAGAUGUUUAGUGGAAUCACUUAGAAGAGGACCAAAAAAUCUCCAGGUGCUAGUGAAUGCUUCAUCACUGAUAGCAAAUCUAGCAUUAGGAGAACAAGAUCAGAUGUCUUUAAGAGAUUGUCUAGAGGCCAUGUGUAGCGUGAUGUCAUCACAUGCAGAACACAAUGAUAUACAGACUCAUGUUUCUAGAGCCUUGGCCAACUUUUCUACGUUUCAUCAAAAUUCAGCAAUAUUGAUUUGUUCUCUAUCACAAGUAAUUCAGAUACAUCUGAAGUCUACAGAUGAGACUAUACGAUGUCAUGGACUGAGAACUGUAAUGAACCUACUAUCACAACAAAAAGACCAAACUGUAGCCACAUUGAUGAGGGAGGGUGCUGCUGAUGUUCUUAUGGCUCUUUCUUCUUUUCCUGGAAUAAUCAAUGCAAUACAGACAUCAUUAUUGCAUGUGGUAUCUCCUCUCACUCCACCUUGAACAUCAUGUUACAGGAGUAACAAGUGCAGGUCAUUUGGGUACAUUUCAUUGUAUGACAUCAAGAAACUAAGGUUGGGGGGAUUUGAUUCCUAGCAAAGUUUUAUAUCAACUGCCAUAAGGAAUAGUUUAUAAUCUUUAUUAUAUUUUAAACAAGUUUAAAAUACGAAUAGGCAUAUUAGGUGUAUUUAAGAAAUGGAAGAGCUUUUUCCUUGUUUCAYAAAGUAAUACAGAUCAACGGAAUGAAAAAUUAGAUGUGUGAAGAUACACAAAUGCUUCACACAUUACUAUUCAGAGGAGCCUGAAAAAAGCUUUUCUAUUUGUUUUAUUGUAUAAAAUUAAGAAAUGUAGUUUUUUUCUCACUUUAUCGCAAGGCCGGCAUAUACUUGCACUUGCAGAUAAUGUGACCAAUGCUCUGUUUUUUUUAAAUAGAGCACAGYUUUGAACCAAUCAAUGUGCUGCCAAUUAAUAAGGUGGCCUAAUACAAUAGAAUUAU